GUCUAAAGAGCGGCGCAAGCGUACAAAUCUUUGAUGACGCAUUUGCUCAUCGAGUGUUUGUGAGAUGGCCAGCAGAGUACGUGUAUACAGAGCAUGGCCUUGGAGUUAAGGGAGCUCCAUGACGUCUUCAUGUCUACCUCUGACUCGGAGACCUUGGGUCGAUGCCUCGCGUUGGACAUUUGACCAUUGUUGACUUUGCACAUGCUUGAGCUCUUAUAAGUUAUUAGAUGUAUUCACGCUCAAGAGCUGACUCGCACACAUGGGGCAAUCGAUCAGAAUCUCUUGUAAGCGAAACUGAAGGUUGAGAGUGCUGGAGCACGCGAGUCAGUCUAGCGCCACCGUUAUCGAUAGUGUUCCCAACCCCUCACCAACCAGAAACGAGAUCGUCUCCUACUUAAGCACAUUCACAAGACGCAUGAUGACCCAAAUAAUAGAAUCGUUACGGCAACAAAUAGGGCAUCAUGAAGCCGCAUUACAGGAUCUACGACAGCAGCUAGCAAAAGCAGAACACAACCAACAGCAACAAGAGAAGGUUCUGCGUCAGAAACCAAAGCUUUCCAACGACCCUUUGGACCAUGACAUGAAUUUUGGGGUCCCAGAUGAUUUCCGAUCAGAGAUAUUUGCGAUCUUGGACCAGGAGCCUUCAGCAGACAAUAGCACAGCUGAAGAAAGAAGAUGGCCGCUCGAGCCACACGAAUACAAGAGGUAUGGAAGGCAACUGAUAAUGCCUGAGAUUGGGUUGCAGGGGCAGCUCAAGUUGAGGAAAGCCAAAGUGCUCAUCGUGGGCAUGGGCGGUCUAGGAUGUCCAGCUGCAGCUUACUUGGCGGGAGCAGGAGUUGGUAUCCUGGGACUGAUAGACGGAGACGUCGUCGAGGAGUCCAACCUGCAUCGCCAAAUACUUCAUUCCACUGCAAGAGUAGGCAUGACCAAAGUGGAAAGUGCUAUGGUCGCGCUGAGCUCCCUCAAUCCAAAUGUCAAGCUUGUGCCUCACACAGCCCGUCUUACCCCAGACAUUGCCAUUGAAGCUUUCAGGGACUACGAUCUUGUUCUCGACUGCACAGAUAACCCAGUAUCACGAUAUCUCAUCUCAGACACUUGCGUCCUGCUUGGUAAGACGCUUGUUUCAGCAUCAGCGCUGCGUAUCGACGGCCAACUCAUGGUACUAAACAACCCACCCCUGCCAGCAGGUGACGCGCAAGGAGGGCCUUGCUACCGAUGCAUAUUUCCUAAGCCGCCACCGCCAGAAUCGGUCGUGUCCUGCGGAGAUGGAGGUAUUCUAGGGCCUGUUGUAGGUGUCAUGGGUGUGCUUCAAGCUUGCGAGGCUAUCAAAGUUCUAACUCAGAAGCCUAACACAACAACGUCACCACCGACAGAGCCACCUACUUUACUGCUGUUCUCAGCAUACUCAAAUCCCAUGUUCCGGUCAAUACGCUUACGUACACGGAAGCCAAAAUGUGCAGCGUGCUCGGCGCAGGCAGCAGUCACAUCUGAAGCACUAAACUCGGGAAGCUUGGACUACGUACAGUUCUGCGGAAGUAUCAAUCCAAUCGAUGCACUCAAUCCACAAGAACGCAUAUCUGCUGCGAACUACGCGAAGCUCCGCUCCGGAGUGAACCCAUUCACAGGCACUGUGUCGAGCAGGGACAGCCACAUCCUCGUUGACACUAGGGAGAGCGUCCAGUAUGAGCUUUGCAACAUCGAUGGAAGCCGCAACGUGCCGUUCUCUGCGGUCUCUGCAACCCGUACCAACACCAGCAACGGCAACUACGACUCAAUGGGAAUCGAGGAGCCACUUUGGGUACAAAAUUUAAGGCAACAACCAGACAAACCAAUCUUCGUGGUGUGUCGACUGGGAAAUGAUUCACAGAUGACGGUAAAGAAGAUGAAAGAGCUGGGUCUCGAUUAUGGCGGCAAGAGGUUCAUCGGGGAUAUACGAGGUGGCCUGCGGGCCUGGAAAGAGACGGUGGACCAUGAGUUUCCAGAGUAUUGAAGACCUUUCAGAUGAUUGCUGUCGAGCAGUGUCAAGCUCAGCGAGAAGCACUUGUGGACGCCAACUUGAACAAAAGUAUUCGUGCCAAGGCACCGUCAAGAGAUGAUUCUUGGCGAACGGCGAAAGUUGCGGUCUCUGCUUUCUUUGUGAGGCUCGAGCAAUCCGAGCUCUAUCUGCAGUGCAAUAGCGCAAGAUGAGUCCCAAGUUCCAGUGCUGUGUGUGUUGAAGUUGUUGAGAGCAGUCGGCCAAGAACAACAUUGUGCCCAGAGAUAGUGGCCAUAGCAU